GGGAAGCGGAGCCGGCUCCCAGCGCCUCCCGCUGUCCCGCCCUCGCACGAGGGCUUCCCGCGCGGGCCCGCGCCGCUCCCGCCAUGAGCCUGCCCCUGAACCCGAAGCCGUUCCUGAACGGGCUGACGGGGAAGCCGGUGAUGGUGAAGCUGAAGUGGGGCAUGGAGUACAAGGGCUACCUGGUCUCCGUGGACGGCUACAUGAACAUGCAGCUUGCAAACACAGAGGAGUACAUAGACGGUGCGCUGUCUGGACACCUGGGUGAAGUGUUGAUAAGAUGCAAUAACGUUUUGUACAUCAGAGGUGUGGAAGAAGAGGAAGAAGAUGGAGAAAUGAGAGAAUAGGUGUUUUGUAUUUCUGGAAAUAAACCUUUUUUUUCCUUUUCUGUUUUUCAUACUUUUGUAGUAAGAUGUUUAUUUCCAUUGUGUUUUGGUAUGGGGAAUGCAAACCCUUUUAAAGGUCUUUGAUGUUUUGUUGGUGUCCGAAAAAGCUAAUGCUGGAGGAACAACAGGUAAUUGUUUCAAUGUAAAGUUGAAAAUAUUGAAAUGAGAAGUGAGUAUUUAAAAAAUACCAGUUAUCUUCCCAUCUGAAGUACAGGAAGAAUUGGCAGUGUCUGCAUUUUACAGUUUGUAUGUCAUGACUAUUUAAAUACAUUUCGUCUUUAAAACUGAUUAUAAAACUUUUGGAAUUAGCUGGGAAGAUUUCACUGCAAGUGAGGUGUGGAGAUCUGUUAGACCCCAGUUUCUCUCAGAAAUAUUCUGCUGCUUGGAGUCAGGAAGUUUGAAGUGUGGCUGUCUGGUCAUUAAGGAAGGACAAAUGUGUGUCACCUUAGCAGCCACACAGACCAAACCUCCUGGCAGAUGCAGAGCUCCACAGACCUGAGUGGCAUUACUAGAGCUGGGACAGGACUGCAGAAUGGGAGUGUGCUCUGUGAGUCUCUGCUGAGGAAUGGAAAGGUGCUGUGGUCCUCCUCAGCGUGUUGUGGAGAGGAGAUGUUCUGUCUAAAAGCUGCGCAGGCUGUGGCUGCAGCGCGUGCAGGGGGAGUGCAGCUCUCCAGCCCUGCUGCUGGGGUCACACAUCUGUCAGACACAGCUGCAGUGGGCAGGGCUGGCUGCCCGGGGCUGUGCUAGGGUAGAACACUGCUUAUGAGAACUGUGGCAAGGACACCAGCCUGUCAGCAUAGAUCCUGCAGAGAAAUACCUCCCUGUUUCAUGUUGGAAGUCAUCCCUGGAGCUAUCUGUGUGUUCCUUUAAUAUUGACAUAUGUAAGUUUCCAUAAAGAGUGAAAAAUCAU